CCUCUGCCCUAGUAUUCGAGGUCUCUGCUAGCCGUCUCAAGUCCAAAGCACAACCCCAGCGUUGGGUGGUGACUCACUGAGCUGACAUGGGCAGCAGAACCGUGAAUGGUGGCGCAACCUCCGCCCCCGCGGCCGUCUCCGUGGACAAGGGUGUUGAUUUCGCUAACUAUUUCUGCACCUACGGUUUCCUCUAUCACCAGAAAGAGAUGCUUUCUGACCGUGUUCGUAUGGACGCUUAUUACAAUGCUGUUUUCGAGAACAAGCACCACUUCGAAGGAAAGGCUGUUUUGGAUGUAGGUACAGGAAGUGGUAUUCUAGCUAUAUGGUCUGCGCAAGCCGGUGCAAGGAAAGUCUAUGCAGUGGAGGCCACCAAGAUGGCAGAACAUGCCCGUGAACUUGUUAAAGCAAAUAAUCUUCAGGAUAUUGUUGAAGUUAUUGAGGAGUCAAUGGAAGAUGUUAUCUUGCCUGAACAAGUUGAUGUAAUUAUUUCAGAGUGGAUGGGAUACUUUCUUCUGCGUGAAUCAAUGUUCGACUCUGUAAUUUGUGCCCGUGAGCGCUGGCUGAAGCCAAGUGGGGUCCUGUAUCCAAGCCAUGCUCGAAUGUGGUUAGCACCUGUCAGGUCUGGAUUGGUGGACCAGAAAAUGAGUGAUUAUGAAGAUGCCAUGAAUGAUUGGCAUGGUUUUGUCAAUGAGACUGAAUCUUAUUAUGGUGUUGACAUGAGGGUUCUGACGAAGCCAUUUGCUGAAGAACAGAGAAAAUACUAUUUGAAGACAUCACUGUGGAACAACCUUCAUCCAAAUCAAGUUAUCGGGUCGCCUGUUAUUAUUAAGGAGAUAGAUUGCUCGACAGUUACCAUAAAUGAUAUACUUAAUGUCCGUGCAAGUGUUUCAUCUACGAUCUCAGCAGAAAAUACAAGGCUCUGUGGAUUUGCUGGAUGGUUUGAUGUUCAUUUUCGAGGUAGCCAUGAGAAUCCGGCUCAACAGGAAAUCGAGUUGACAACUGCACCUAGUGAAGAUUUUGGUACACAUUGGGGCCAGCAGGUUUUCCUCUUACAUCCUCCUGUACGUGCUCAUCAAGGGGAUAAUUUGAUGUUAAAUUUUUCUAUGACACGUGCAAAAGAGAAUCAUAGGUUGAUGGAAGUUGACCUCACUUGCGAGAUUAGACAGACGUCUGGAACAUUGCUUCCACUGUCUACAAACAAGUUUUACAUAGAAUGAACCUACAUCCAGACAUUUCCACAGUGCCUGGAAAAAUAUGUGACUUUCGAGUUCCCGUGUAUGCUGCAUUGUCCCAUGAUGGUUUAAUGGUGGACGAUAAACUUUGAGCUACUUGUACUGGUAAUUUUUGCAAUUUUCAUCCUACUGUUCAAGAACAAAAACUGUUCUGAAAAUGUAUUUGGUAACAGCAGCUAAUUUUGAUAGUUAUAAAAGUUCUGUUUUUACUUGUG